AUGGGUGAUGUAGAAAAAGGAAGGAAGUUAUUCAUCCAGCGCUGUGCCCAAUGCCACACUAUCGACAAAGGCGGUAGUAAUAAAACUGGACCAAAUCUUCACGGUUUGUUUGGUCGGCAAUCUGGUCAAGUUGCGGGCUAUGACUACACUGCCGCUAAUAAGAACAGAGGCGUGACAUGGAAUGAGGAGACACUCAACGAGUACUUGAUCAAUCCAAAGAAGUAUAUCCCUGGUACCAAGAUGAUUUUCGCUGGUCUCAAGAAGGAUACUGAUCGAAUCGAUCUUAUAGCAUAUAUGAAGCAAGCUUCAAAGUAG